UUGAAAAACAAUCAUUUUGAGGGAUCCAUGCCAAUUAUUUUAAAGAAUUCCAAAAUUUUAGAAUUUAUAGAUCUCGAAGGAAACAAAUUCUCUGGAAACAUCCCUACAUGGGUGGACGAUAAUCUUAGAAAUUUGCAAUUUCUAAGACUACGAGGUAAUCUAUUCAAUGGAACUAUCCCUUCAAAUUUGUGCAAUCUCAAGAACUUGCAAAUUUUGGAUCUUGCACAUAACCAAUUAGAGGGAAAUAUCCCACAAAAUCUGAGCAAUUUUAAGGUAAUGAUGGGAAAUGUGAGAAAUGGAUUAUCUUUCGUUUGUAAGAAUAGAUUUCCUCAAUUAUGCUAUGAUGGUAAAAAGAAAAUCAUACAAUCCAUCAAAUUAAGCUACUUCAAUUACUCCUUGUCACAACUAAUGUUAAUGGUGAAUAUUGACCUCUCCAAAAACUAUUUGGUUGGCUCUAUUCCUAGAGAGAUAACAAUGCUUAAAGGGUUAAUUGGAUUGAAUUUAUCCCACAACAAUCUAACAGGAACAAUUCCGACUGGUAUAGGGGAAGCUGAAUCAUUGGAAUCGCUCGACUUAUCUUUCAAUCAACUUUCUGGCCCAAUUCCUAAGAGCUUAUCAAAAUUAAAUUCAUUAGGUGUACUGAGAUUAUCCCACAACAAUUUCUCUGGAGACAUUCCUCAAGAGGGUCAUCUCUCCACAUUCAAUGAUGCUUCAAAUUUUGACGGCAAUCCUAAUCUCUGUGGAAGUCCACUCCCUGUGAAAUGUGUGAACGAGAAUACAUUCGAGUCUCCAAAAAUUGAGAACCAAGAUCCCGAGGAAGAUAAAUGGGAGAAGUGGUUACUUUACAUAAUGAUAAUGUUUGGAUAUGGGGUAGGGUUUUGGGGAGCCGUUGGAGUUUUAAUAUGGAAGAAGAGUUUGAGAUAUGUUUAUUUCAAGUUCGUAGAUGAGAUUAUAGACAAGGUUCAUGCAAUAAUACGGUGGAGAUAGAAAUUUUGAAAAGGAAUUGCAUUCCACAAAUUAGUUAUGUAAUAGAGUUUUGAUUUUCUUCAAAACCUAUUAGAAAUUAAUAGUUCGUACACUCGAUAAAUUACACUUUCUUGAUUCUCUAGUUAUGUGUAUCUCUUGAACGGGAAAAAAAAUGUGACAUACUAGUUGGUAUUAAUUUUUUACUGAAGUUUUUAUUGAUA